GUAAAGGUUAAGGAACCUGUCUGCACUGUCCCAAAGGCAAACAAAUUUGCUAGCCUUGAAUAAAGUCCAAUAGGGAUAACACAGUGGCAGAACAGAGGGGACUGUCUAAAAGAGCUGGCAGCAACAUAACAGACAAAACAACCCAGAUUCAGUGCAUCAUCCUCAGGUGUCGUGAUAUCAUGGAUCUUCUCCACAGUUGGGGGGUUGAGCUGGCGGUCCAUCUGCAGACCAAAUACAGCAGGUAUGAGGGCUUGUUUAGCCUGGCGUCCACAGUGGCCGACCUGCACACCACGUUCUUCUGCUUCUUCCCAAUCUGGUUCCACCUGCGGAGGGACACUGGGCUCAGGCUCAUCUGGGUGGCUGUCCUCGGAGACUGGCUCAACUUGGUCCUGAAAUGGGUUUUGUUUGGGGAGAGACCGUACUGGUGGGUUCACGAGACCCAGUUUUAUGGAGCAGAACCGGCCCCUUCUCUGCAGCAGUUUCCCAUCACAUGUGAGACUGGACCAGGAAGCCCUUCGGGUCAUGCUAUGGGUGCAGCUGGGGUUUGGUAUGUGAUGGUAACAGCCCUACUCUCUAUUGCAACAGAGAAGCGAUGCCCCCCUUUACUAUACAAAUUCUUGCAGGUAGGCCUGUGGAUGCUAAUGGGCCUGGUAGAGCUGGUGGUCUGCAUGUCCAGGGUCUACAUGGCUGCCCACUUCCCACACCAGGUCAUUGCUGGAGUCAUUACAGGUUUACUUGUAGCUGAGUUUGUCUCGAAGGAGAAAUUGAUCUACAGCGCCAGCAUGAAGAAAUACUUCUACACGACUCUCUUCUUGACCUCCUUCGCUGUUGGCUUCUACCUCCUGCUCAAAACUCUGGGCGUGGACCUGCUGUGGACCAUGGUGAAAGCCCAGAAGUGGUGUGUGAGGGCAGAGUGGGUUCACCUGGACACCACGCCCUUCGCCAGCCUCCUGCGUAACAUGGGCACGCUGUUUGGCCUGGGCCUGGGCCUGCACUCACCUCUCUACACCGAGACCAAGAAGGAUAAAAGAAGUACCAGUUUCAGGAUGGGAUGUAUUAUUGUCUCUUUAUUUCUGCUUCAGCUGUUGGAUGGAUGGACAUUUUCUUCUGAAAAUCUUAUGACUUUCUAUUUCCUGUCGUUUGGUAAAAGUGCCGUUGCACUUUUAAUCCCAACCACUCUGGUUCCCUGGGCUCUCUGCUGGAUUUGCAAGGGAAAGAGAGAAGACAAGAACUUGUGAUUCAGGACCAAGUUGUCGUUUAAAGUCAAUUAUUGGUUUAAUUUUCUGGGAUUGUUUCUUCUCAUGUUUAAUACACAAGGACAUUUAGACUUUACGGACAAUGUCCCUGAAGUUAUACUGUGCUUGCCUGGAUAUCAGGUCCUUAAAGGAAUAUGUACUGUAGCUCGACAUUUUGGGAAAUACGCUAAUUUACUUUUUUGCCGAGAGUUAGAAGAUAAGAUUGAUAACACUCUAAUGUUUACGCUAAAUAUGAAGCUACAGCCAGCAGUCAGUUAGCUUAGCUUAAUGGGGAAACAGGUAACCUGGCUCUGUCCAAAGGUUACAAAUCCACCUUCCAGCAGUCCUUAAUUAACAUGCUGAAGAAUAAAAAAUGUCAAUUUGUGGUUUUACAUGGGGUUUUGUGCUGGGCUAUUUUUUGGCCAGGAGCACUGACUUCUUAGAGUCUCCACCGGUUGCCUGGCAAUCUCGUAGUAAAACCACAAAUUGUCCUUUAUGUACUUUGGUUUUUGAGAUAAUGGAGAGAGCCUGUUAAUUAGUGAGCUUUAGAGGUGCUAGUAGGCAAAUUUAGUUACCUUUGAACAGAGCCACGCUAGCUGUUUCCCCCUGUUUCCAGAAUUUUUGCCAAGCUAAGCUAACCAUCUCCUGGCUCAGCCUCCAUACCUAACGCACAGACAUGAAAGUGGUAUCAAAAAAUCUCCGGGAAUCAAAUUCAGUUUUUUUAUUUUUGUCUGUAUUCGGCCUUUAAGGUCUUUCAGUGUUGACAUGUCUGUUUAAGACAACUGUCUUUUCUCUCACACAUUGAAGGCUCCUUUAACGUCAACGGGAGCAUACACAUGAAAUAAAAAUAUUUUUAUACAAAUGUAGUCAGCACCUCAGCAAACAAAAGUGCUUUUUCAGCUGAAUGAUGCAUAAAUGAUGGAAGGAAAAUAUUGCUAGCAAUUUAAAUAAAAAACUGUUUUUAUAACCA